AUGAUAAAGUUGAAAACCAAUAUCAGUUCCAAUAAACUGAGGCUUCGCGGUGCUGAAAUCAUUACAUCUCAAUCCAAUUCAAAUAUUACCAAAACUAGGGUUUAUGUUCAGAAAGAGGAUAUCAAUGGAGAAAUUCUUCAACAAUCUUAUGUUGUUGAGUUUCUUCAUGACAACCGCAUCUGUGAACCUUGUAGUAGGGUUCAGGCUAAUCCUAAUCAAUGGGUUUAUAUUGUGCAAUUAAGGAAACAUGAUUCUCAUGCGCAUAAUUAUUUGCAUUUGAAAAAUUUUAUUUUGAAGGAUGGUGUUGCUGCUAAUGCUCUCAGAAUCAAUAAGCUGAAACACGGUACUGAUUACACUUUCGCUAAAGAAGUUUGUGCUAGGAAGUUAGUUGAUUUUAUCAAGGGAAUAAAUCCUGUGAGUGUUUGUGAGAGUAAGGGACUUAUUUCUCAUGAUAAGAAGAGUAGUUAUGACAGUUUUGGAUACACUUUUUUCGUUCAAGUUUGUUCAAUUUGCUGUGAGGAUUUGAUUUUCCUGCCUCCUUCUGUUGCUUCGCGUUUCGGAAAUAUCGGUCCUAUUAUGAUUUGUAGCAAACUUACUAACAUUCUUGGUUUGUUUGAUCCAUUAACCUCGAAGCUGUGUUGUUUAGAUGGUGAUAUGUAUUGGAGGGAUUGCUUCAAGUCUUUGCUCUCUAGGAAAGAUUUAGUGGAAUAUGUUGUACUCAAUAUCGGUAAGGUUUAUUUCGAGGUUACUAUUAAUGGUAAGAAAUUCGGUUUAGCUGAUGCUGAGGUUGCUCGUGUGAAAGAUUUGGGAAAGAAUGAGAAGAGAUUUAAGAUCAAGACUCAUCUGGGUAAUGUUUUGAUAAGGGGUGACCAUGCUGUUGGUUAUGACUUGUUUGAGGCUAGCUCUAGUUGUAGUGAUAGUGAGAUUGAAUUGAAGGAGCAGCACAUAGGAGAUGGUGUGAUUUUAAUCAAGUUAUCUGAAGAGAAACUUUGCCAGAAGAGACCUGCAGAGCGUCCGCCGUACUUAAAAGAUUUAGAAGAAAUCACUAAUGAGGUGCAUGGCAUGUCACUAGGCGGUAAAGAACCAACUUUGGAAGAGAAGCUGGGUGGUCUUAAUCUGAGUGGCGAGGACUCUAAGGAGAAGAAGAAGUCGAGGAUCGAAUAA